CGUGCACUACCACUUGUACCUGCUUAUUGUAUUACAACACAUAAGAGUCAAGGUCAAACUUUGAGUAAAGCCGUAAUUGACCUUAAACUGCCGAAUGAAACUGAAGAUAUUGCCGCUGUUUAUGUACCGCUAUCACGUUUAAAAUGUUUGAUUGAUGUAGCUAUUUUCCGGCCUUUCGAUUACAACGUUCUACGAAUCAAACCAAAAAUGCAUAAAUAUGAAACACUUGUUGGUGAACGUGGUAUACAAUUGAGCGGUGGUGAAAAACAACGUAUUGCAUUAGCUCGUGCACUUGUCAAACAACCCAGUAUUCUUUUAUUAGACGAAGCAACAAGUGCACUUGAUAAUGUUAGUGAAAAAAUUGUUCAAGAAGCACUUGAUCGAGCAUGUAAAAAUCGUACAACUAUAGUUAUUGCUCAUCGUUUAACUACAAUUCAAAAUGCUGAUUAUAUCUAUGUGUUAGAUAAAGGAAAUGUAAUUGAAGAAGGUACACAUGAAACAUUAUUGGCAAAAGAAGGAGGUAAAUAUCAAACAAUGGUCAAAAUGCAACAAUCUGAGAAAACGAUCAACACACAAGAUGGCUUAAUGAAUAUAGCAAAAGCAACAGCGGAAGAUGAAGAACAACUAUUGGAACGUGUUCGUCUAUUGAGUGAGAGCGAAGCAAUUGAUAUAAAUCGGAGAGCUUCUAUGUCAGCAAGAGAAAAAUCUGUCUUUCUAAGACUCAUGAAGAUGAAUAGUCCUGAAUGGGUAUUUAUCUUGAUUGGUUGUUUAGCAUGCUUACUUGGUGGAUUACGUGGACCAGUGUUCUCGAUUCUAUUCGCAAAAAUAGUUAAUGAAUUUAAUGAUUGUAAAUACACUGAUAUGCGUCGUCGAGUGUUGAUUACAAGUAGUUUAUUUCUUCCUCUCGGCGCUAUUUUUAUGUUUCUUCGUUUUUUCCAAUAUGCGGCUUUUGGAGUAGCAGGAGCGAAACUAGUUAGUCGCAUUCGUUCAAAAGCUUUUGCAUGUUUACUUCGUCAAGAAGUCGCUUAUUUUGAUCGACCUGAAAAUAGUUCCGGUGCUAUAUGUACUCAACUAUCUUCUAAUGCAGCUGCCAUUGAAGACAUGACUGGUUCAAGAUUAGGUGUUAUUUGUGAAACUUUAUCCUUGUGUGUUUUUGGCUUCUUACUUGGCCUUUUUUACAACUUAGAUUUAACAAUAAUCAUAACUAUUCCUUUCACUAUUAUACUCAUCGCUACUAUUAUACAAAUACGUUUGAGUUCAUGGUUAAAAACACAAUCUGAUCUCAUUUACUGUCAAGCUAGCACGCUUGCUGUUGAAGUUAUAACUAAUAUGCGUACAGUAAAACAAUUAUCAAUGGAAAAUGAAGUUUUACGACAAUAUUCAAAUAUGAUUGAUCAAGUAUUAGGAUUGUCUUGGAAACCUGAAGCACUGUUUACAACAGUAUUUGCAUUGUACUGGACGAUGGAUCCAUUGACUUUGGGACUUUUGUAUUGGCGUGCUUUGGUUCUUGUUGAAAACAAUGAACUAGACAUGAACGAUGUUGUUAUGGUUUCUGCUUUUGGAAUGUUUGCAUUGGAAGCACUAAAAAUGGUUGGAAUGUUAGCAAGACGUAUUGGUGCAUCAUUUGCUGCGGCUCAUGCAUUUUUUGAUCUAUUUGAUCGAACACCGACUAUUGAUAAUGGAUCUAAUAAAGGACAAGAAUUAACUAAUUUUAGUGGAGAAACAGACUUUAAUCAAGUUAAAUUUGUUUAUCCAAGUCGUCCAACAGUUCUUGUUCUUAAUAAACUUCAACUAUCUAUUAAAUCAGGUCAACGUAUAGCUCUUGUUGGUUCAUCUGGAUGUGGAAAAUCAACAAUAGUUCAGUUAUUAGAACGAUUUUAUGAUGUUACACAUGGUGAAUUACUUCUUGAUGGUGUUGAUAUUCGAAAAUUAAAUCUUCAAUGGCUUCGUUCUCGUUUGGGUGUUGUUAGUCAAGAACCAGUUUUAUUUGAUUUAACAGUUGCUGAAAAUAUAUCAUAUGGAUUAGAAAAUAUACCAAUGGACGAGAUUGUUCUUGCUGCAACUAAAGCUAAUAUUCAUGAAUUUAUUCAACAAUUACCUCAAGGUUAUGAGACAAAAGUUGGAGUAAAAGGUAGUUUUUUAUCAGGUGGUGAAAAACAACGUAUUGCUAUUGCUCGAGUUCUUAUUCGUCGACCUAAGAUAUUAUUAUUAGAUGAAGCUACAAGUGCGAUGGAUCCAUAUAAUGAACAAAUAGUACAAGUAACUCUUGAUCAAGCUCAAAUAGAAGAUCCUAGUCGAACAUCAAUUAUUAUUGCACAUCGUCUUUCAACAAUACGUUCAUGUGAUUUAAUACAUGUACUUGAAAUGGGUCGUAUAGUAGAAAGUGGUACUCAUACAGAACUAAUACAAAAACGUGGAAUUUAUUAUAAAAUGUUACAUGCUCAAAACAACGUACAAUAA